GGAGAUGAGAAUUCAAAAUUUGCGUAGUCACAGUGUUCCACGUUCCUCGCCGCCUCGAUAUCCCCAGAAACAAAGUUCAAACUUGAAGCCCAGAGCCAGAAACCUUCGCUUCUUCUCUUCUGCUCAUUCACUCCUGUCUCAUUCUUAGUCUCCUUCGUCCUCAGCCAGACACCACUCAAUUCUCUGCAACUCCUCGUUGCUUUCUACAUUUCUACCUUUUUCUGAGAUGGCCAAAGAUUGAUUCCUCAUCUAAAUCUUCAAUAACCAUUGAAAAAUGCUACUCAACUCGCUUUCAAUCAUCACUGCAUUGCCAUUUCUGAUUCUUCUCGCUACCCCACUCUCUUUCUCUCUUACAACAGAUGGCCUAGCUCUGUUGGCUCUCAAAGCUGCAAUUACCACCGACCCAACUCAAGUUCUUGCCUCUUGGUCCGAUUCUGAUCUAACUCCAUGCCACUGGCAUGGAGUUACUUGCAUUAAUCACCGUGUCAGCUCUCUCAUUCUCCCAAACAGAGGCCUUACUGGUUACCUUCCAUCAGAACUCGGUCUCCUUGAUUCGUUAACUCGACUUUCUCUCUCUCACAAUAACUUCUCCAACCCCAUCCCUUCCCAUCUUUUCAAUGCCACCCGUCUAUACUCUCUUGAUUUGUCUCAUAAUUCUCUCUCUGGUUCCAUCCCAGACCAGAUAAAAUUAUUGAAAGCUUUAACCCAUUUGGAUUUAUCUGCAAAUUUCCUUAAUGGAUCUCUCCCUGAAUUUAUUGUUGAGCUCAAAAACCUCACCGGAACUCUGAAUUUGUCUUAUAAUGCAUUGUCUGGUGAGAUUCCGGAAUCAUACGGAAAAUUUCCAGUGAUGGUCAGUUUGGAUUUGAGGCACAACAAUCUUAGCGGCAAAGUACCUCAGGCGGGAUCACUGUUAAACCAGGGUCCUACUGCAUUUGCAGGAAACCCCAGUCUUUGUGGGUUUCCAUUGCAGAAUCCAUGUCCAGAAGCUUUUAACAUUACGACCACCAGCGGAAACCCAGAAAAUCCUGAAAACCCAAGGGACACUAACCCCGAUUUCGUUGCUGGAACUGAAAACAAAGAGAAUGCGAAAAAUGGGUGGGUGACAGUUCCUUUAAUUUCUGGUGUUUCGGUGGUGAUCGGUGCCGUUUCGGUCACGGUGUGGCUGUUCCGGAAGAAAUGGGGUUCUGGAGAGGAGAAGCGCGAGAUGGGAAAAGAGAAGCACCUGGGGAACAGUGGUGACAACAACGACGAGGGGCAAAAUGGUAAAUUCGAAGUGAUCGACGAAGGGUUUAACUUGGAAUUAGAGGAUUUGUUAAGGGCAUCGGCUUACGUGGUGGGAAAAAGUCGAAGUGGGAUAGUGUACAAGGUGGCAGUGGGCGGAAGAGGAUCUGGUACGGUGGUGCCUGUUGUUGUUGCAGUGAGGAGGUUGAAUGAGGGUAAUGCCACGUGGAGGUUGAAGGAGUUUGAGUCUGAGGUCGAGGCAAUUGGGAGGGUCCACCAUCCUAAUAUCGUGCGGUUGAGAGCUUAUUACUAUUCUAAUGAUGAGAAGUUGAUAAUCUCUGACUUCAUACGCAAUGGAAGCUUAUACACAGCGCUGCAUGGAGGACCUUCCAAUGCUUUGCCACCGCUCUCAUGGGCAGCAAGAUUGAAAAUUGCUCAAGGAACUGCAAGGGGUUUAAUGUAUAUUCAUGAAUACAGCCCUAGAAAGUAUGUUCAUGGCAACUUAAAAUCAACGAAAAUCCUUCUCGAUGAUGAACUCCAGCCUUACAUCUCGAGCUUUGGACUCACCCGUCUCGUCUCAGGAACCUUCAAGUUCACAACUUCAACAUCCAAAAAGCAGUAUUUGAACCAAACCAUUGUAUCGUCUACAAUUGGCUCUAGAGUUUCAGCUCCCUCUAAUUGUUACUCGGCUCCAGAGGCUCGAGCGUUUGGCACCAAGUUCACUCAGAAAUGUGAUGUGUACUCUUUUGGUAUCAUCCUGAUGGAACUUUUAACUGGUAGGCUACCUGAUGCAGGACCAGAAAAUGAUGGGAAAGGACUAGAAAGUCUCACGAGGAAGGUUUUUCAAGAAGAACGCCCGCUGUCUGAGAUUGUAGAUCCAGCAUUAUUGAGUGAGGUUUAUGCAAAGAAACAGGUUAUUUCAGUGUUUCAUAUUGCACUCAAUUGCACUGAGUUAGAUCCUGAGGUUCGUCCUAGGAUGAAAACCGUCUCUGAGAGUCUCGAUCGCAUCAAAUUGUAAUGAAAAAGAUGGCUCUUGUAAAGUUUUGUUUGCGGUAGCUGACUUCUGGUGCUGAAGUUGUUUUAGCUUCAAACUCA